AUGACCGUCAAUAUCACAGUGCUUAUCUCAGGCUCGGGCACCAACCUUCAGGCGCUCAUCGAUGCUCAGAAGGCCAACAAGCUACAAGAUGUCAGAAUCAACGAAGUCAUCUCUUCAAGUACCCAGGCAUAUGGCUUAACUCGUGCUGAAAAUGCGGGCAUAGCCACCAAGACCCAUGUAUUGAAAGACUACUACAAAGGUACAACCAAGGAGCAGACUGAGGAACGCAAACAGAGAAGGGAGCAGUUCAAUAAGGACUUGGCUAACUUGCUUAUAUAUGGCAAAGUAGCAAAGGAAUCUGAAAAAUCUGAAUCAAAACCUGAAAAUCCUGACAGUUCCACCUAUGUAAAGCCGGACCUUAUUGUAUGUGCUGGAUGGAUGCUUAUCCUCUCGCCAGCAGUGUUGACACCUUUGGAAGCUCAAGGUAUCACCAUCAUCAACUUACAUCCGGCAUUGCCUGGAGCAUUUGACGGAACUCAUGCUAUAGACAGAGCAUGGCAGGCAGGACAAGACGGAAAGAUCACCAAGGGCGGUGUAAUGAUCCACCGAGUGAUAGCAGAGGUUGACCGUGGGGCACCCAUCUUGGUCAAGGAGUUGGAGUUGAAGAAGGAAGAGACGUUGGAAGAGUAUGAAUCCAGAGUGCAUGCCGUAGAACAUGUAGCCAUAGUAGAGGGUACAAGUAUCAUAUCUAAGGAGUUGGAGGCUGCAAAGACGGUGGAGAAACUUGGAGAGUUGAAGCUUGAGGAGAAGAUCUAG